ACCACAUUCCCUGCAUGUGGGAUCAACCCCAAAGAAAAAUGGCUCGUGUCGACUGCUUUGCAACGCUUAAAUACAAUCAAAGGUAUUGACUUCUAUCUACCUAGCCCACCACACGCACGACCUUGUCUUCGCUACCCGCUCAGUCACCAUGUCGAAUGUUGAGGAACCAACAACCACCGCUAAAGCACCGUUCGACAAUCCUGACGGAGACAUCAUCCUCCGUUCAACCCCUGACCAUGUCGACUUCCAUACUUUCAAAGCCAUUCUUUCGCUCGUGUCACCUGUGUUCAAAGACAUGUUCACGCUACCUCAAAAUGAUUUGCAGUCGGGCGUAUCGUCUGUAUCUGUCAUUCCUGUGGCUGAGAGCAGCACAACCCUCGAAUCCCUUCUUCUACUCUGCUAUCCUGCCGCAAAUCCAACCUUUGAUAGCUUAGAUAAUGCAAAGGCUGCGAUGGAGGCAGCCAAGAAGUAUGACAUGCAAGCGGUCCUCGACCAUGCAGCAGAUCUCGCAAUGUCCCAGUUCUUACCAACUCACUUUCUUGAGCUAUACGCUCUCUCUUGCCGAUUCGGAUGGCAGCAUCAUGCACAGAUAACUGCUCUCCGGGCUCUUGAGAUUAAAAAUCUAGGACGUCCCAGCACCGAGUUUGGAAGUAUGCGGGACAUUACCGCUUUGGAUCAUCACAGGCUCCUCAUAUACCAUUAUGCAUGCGGCGUCGCUGCCCAAGCAGUCGGAAACUCUCUUGCCUGGCUGGAGUCAACCAUUUCAUCCAAAACUAUGCCAAUGUGGUCCCCCAGCUCGAAGGACCUGGUAUGCUCUUGCAGAAGUCAGACGGGUCUUAAGAUGCUCCAAGUUGCAGACUUUGGAAAUCUGAAGAUCACUCAAUGGUUUAAUGAAUAUCUGGUUUCGAGCGGGAAGGAGUUGUGGGAAAGACCUUGCGAGUCGACCAUAAGGGAGUCGGCUGCUUACAAUCGCGCGAUAACCGAAGCGACAAAGUGCAGCGCUUGCCGCAGCACGGUCGUCGAGAGUAUGGAUAGAUUCCGUGCUUGGUAUAUCGCACAAGUUAGAAAGGUGGUUACAACCGUGGAAUUGGCAACUUCUUAAACAAUUCGCUGCAAUGCUGUCGUGUUGUUACCCAGGCUGUAGAGCCGUAUGAUUGCUGAGUGACUGUUGGGACACGUAUUUAUGCAGGGAUGGCGAACACCAAUAUGAUCAAGGGCUGUUCUUGGAG